AACUAACAAUUUUCUCUCUUUUUCUCUCUCUCACAUUGCACCUAACAAUUAACUCUCUCUUUCACUCCCCUCAAAAACCUCAACCUUUCCCAAUCCCUCUCAUGCUCAACAAUCAUAAUGGUACAUAAUAUUAAAUUUUAAAGAAUAAAAGAAUAAAAACAGAAGAAAGUAAAUAAAGAAGUGAAAGUUAGAGAACCAAAAAAGAAGGAAUAGCUUAUUAUCAAUGGAGAACAACCAAAAAAAUUGUGGUUGCUGGUCUGUUUUGCGCAGAAAUGUUACCACUGCCUGUAAACCUUCUUCUUCCAAAAAUUCUGCUAAUUCUAGCCUUGUUUAUGAUGCAGCUGCUGAAACUAGGUACUUGAAUGCUAGCAAUAGAGAAAUGUGUGUACCAAAUGAUGAUGCUCAAAUUCCCUCUGUACCACCUGAUCCACCACCUUCAGAAACCAAAUCCCAGCAUCCCCAACUCCUAGUCUUCACUUUUCAUGAAUUAAAAUCUGCCACCGGGAACUUUAGGCCCGAUAGCAUACUCGGGGAGGGCGGUUUUGGGUAUGUCUUUAAGGGAUGGAUUGAAGAAAAUAGCACCUCACCUGCAAAACCCGGGACUGGAGUUACUGUUGCUGUUAAAAGUUUGAAGCCUGAUGGUCUCCAAGGCCACAGGGAAUGGGUGGCUGAAGUUGACUUUCUUGGGCAACUUCAUCAUCCAAAUCUUGUUAAGCUUAUUGGGUAUUGUAGUGAAGAUGAUCAAAGACUUCUUGUGUAUGAAUUCAUGACUCGGGGAAGUCUCGAAAACCAUCUAUUUCGUAGAACUAUGCCUCUUUCAUGGCCCAGUCGAAUGAAGAUAGCUCUUGGUGCGGCGAAAGGAUUGGCUUUUCUACAUGGAAAUCAUGAGCCUGUCAUUUACAGAGAUUUUAAGACGUCGAAUAUUUUGCUAGAUUUGGAGUUCAAUGCAAAGCUUUCAGAUUUUGGUCUUGCCAAAGCUGGACCUCAAGGGGACAAAACCCAUGUUUCUACUAGAGUUGUAGGUACAUAUGGUUAUGCUGCUCCGGAAUACGUAAUGACAGGACAUUUGACGUCUAAGAGCGAUGUUUACAGCUUUGGUGUUGUGCUACUUGAGAUCCUAACAGGGAGGAGAUCCAUGGACAAGAAACGCCCUAGUGGUGAACAAAACCUUGUCACUUGGGCUCGACCAUACCUGGCCGACAAGCGAAAGCUAUAUCAAAUAGUCGAUCCUCGUUUGGAGCUCAACUAUUCAAUUAAAGGUGUGCAAAAGGUAUGCCAAUUGGCUUAUGGCUGCCUUAACCGAGACCCCAAAUUACGUCCUUCGAUGGAUGAAAUUGUGAAGGUCCUGAACCCAUUACUUGAUCUCAACGAUAUGGCAAUUAUAUCAUAUCAGUCACGGUUAUCUCAACCAGGGAGGCGAAGGAAGAAAUCCGAUGGCCAUGUCCUUAAUAUGCCCUCUCAUCCCCUUCAGAUUAGGAACAUUAGGAACUCUCCCUUGAAUAGCGGUAAGCAUCACCCUUGCUAAUAUCUCAUUGGAAUUUGAUCAUUUAUUCAUUCGAGUUAUUCUUAGAGCUCGAAGUAUUGUGUUGUCGGGAGAUUCUUCAAAAGCGUGAAGUUUAUGCGAUUGGAUGUAAUAUAGAUUGAAGUGGAGUUGAUCACGUCUAAUGAUGCUUCAUUGAUUCCUGACCCAUUCCGAUCUUCUCCUUUUCGAUUCUUCUUUUGGUUGUUAGAUGUAAUUGUAGCAUCUUCUAAAGAAUUGUAUUGAUUAUUAUGUGUGCUAGCUUAUAGCCAUUGCUCCAACUCUUGAGCUUGGGGAUGAAUGAGCGUUUUGAUGGCUUUACUCAUCUGUAUGAGUGAGAUCUAAAUGAAGUUUGAAUGUUCUUAAUUAGUGCUAAGUUUUGCAGUUGCAUACAAAGUAGAGAUUUGCUAGUUGUAUCUAGUGCUUGUUUGGUACCAAUUGGAAUCAUUCUCACUUCUUUUGGAAUGUGCUUCUCCGUGUUAUAAUUUAUAAACGUGCAUAUGAUUAAUGCAAACGGAGAGAAGGAAAAGGAAAGGAAGUGAAAAGGAAAUUACUAGUUUUUUUUUGAGUUUGCUCCAUAAUGUUAAAAAAUUCUUCUAUAUUUGAGUUUUAUAAUGCAAACUUAAAGGGAUAUAUAGACUAUUUCUUAUUUGCUGACGAAGGUUGGGAAAGGAGAGGAAAGAAAAAAAGAAAUAUAUCUUAUUUCUCUUAAAUUUUUUAUUUUUAGAGAAAUUUGAUUAUCAAUAAAAUUAGG